UAUAUUUAUAUACCUUUAAACAUUGGCAGAUAAUUCGAACCCAAAUAAUGGCCACAAUUCGGGUACACGAGGAUCAAGAAAAUCGUAUUGCGGAUAUUCGCCGUGGUAAAGAAAAUAUCACUGUGCCCCUUCAAACACAAACCCUGCAGCCAUCGAAACGUGCAGUUUUGAGCGUUAUUCACAACAACUGCAAUCGUAAUUCUAAAGCGCAGGAAAUUUAUAAAGAUGAGAAGCAUCCAAAGACAAAAGCAGUUAUCCCUACGCAGUUUGAACCAUUUAAAAUCUAUGAAGAGAAAAAAGAAGAAGCUCUAUUUAAAAUUUAUAAAGAUAAACUAGAAGAAGAAACUUUGGUUGCCCUGAGGGACACGAAAGAUAAGAAAGAAGCGAAAGAUAAACAGGAUCUGACAUCUGACAGAGAGAGAGAGAAACCGAGGUUGGAAGUAAAUCCCAGAAGUGUCUCAAAUUUACCAAUAUUUUGCAAUGCCAAUAUUCAAGAUGUGCAUCAAAAAAAGCAAAAUGAAACAGUUUUUCAACGUGACAGUCCGAUGUCCUUGGAGAAAUCUAUACCUUAUUCGUCGUCCUCAAAAAAGGAACUUCAGAGAAGAAGGGACUCUAUGAAGGAAAUGAGAAUGAACUUUUUUGAUGUGGACGAAUAUAGGGCUGAUAUAUAUAAUUAUUUACGUGUUGCAGAGACACAGCAUAGACCAAAGCCAGGUUACAUGAAGAAGCAACCUGACAUAACAUACUCUAUGAGGUCUAUACUUGUAGAUUGGCUCGUUGAAGUAGCUGAAGAAUAUCGCUUACAAACCGAAACGCUUUAUUUAGCUGUUUCUUACAUAGAUCGCUUCUUAUCAUACAUGAGUGUUGUAAGAACAAAAUUACAACUUGUUGGUACAGCU